AGGAAACACACAGGUCUACACACAAUAUAAUCUGCCUGAGUGUAAACAUAAAAUACUGACAUAGGAAGAGUGAAGCGGUGCCAGUAUCUGACUGGCUGCUAAAGAGCAGAGUCCACACAGGUGUUUUCACUUGCCACUUGUUGCCUCGUUACACCUGGUGUCCUGCCAGUAACCUCUUUGUGACUUAACUUGUUUUUCAGUUUGUAACAACCCGUUGUGGAAUUACUGCACAGUGGGACAGAUAGACUACCUGCUUCCAUUCAGUUUUGGUUUUUUUUGUGUGUGAGCAACAGCAACACCAAAUCAAAACGUGACAACGGAGAGUUGAACACGGACAGAAAGAAAAGAGUUCGGACAGUAUCCACCUAAAAUUCAUCAUCCUCCUGUUCAUCCUCCAUCAUGGCUGCAAGACAGACAGGCAUGUUGCUGUUGGCAGUGAUCCUCUCCCUGAUAGGCCUCAUUCACAGCUUCCAGCCACUCUUCUCGUUUGAUGGGAACUCCACCACUCACCGUGAAAUUACAGAAAGGGCGGUCCUCAGGAAGACAGCUGAGGUCUGCAGAGACAUUGCGGCCUCUGAGGGACGGGACUUCAGCCUGACUAUUGAUGACAGCCUGUCAGCUGACAAGGUCCAAAGGGCCUGUUCCUCUUCAGGUAGCUCUAUCCUCUCUACUGUCAUGUUCCAAACGUCCAUCGCCAACAUGUACUUCAGCAACGCGAAAGUGGACGUGGUCUUUGCGCUGAGUGAGGAGCACCACUUUGAUGAUGAGACCUUCCAGGGAGGACGGGAUGUCAUCACACAAGGUGUGUCUGCUGUGAAGGCCAGUGUGAAGCUGGAGAACUUUGUCGCAGGGAGGUGGACUCUUGGACGAGUCUGUCACACCCUACAGGAUUUCUACAGCCACAGUAACUGGGUGGAGCUGGGGAAUAAAGCUCCUUACAGCACUCUGAUCAUACCAGACCAACCUCUUGAGAACCUGGCAGAUCUUAGUACUCCAACCUGCAGAAACUGUACAGGAGGAAACUGUGACAACAAUCUUCUGCCUGACCUGCUGCAGCAGGGGCUUCUCACAUCAGGCUACUUCAACAUCUUCUCCUCCGCAAAACCUGCAGGGAAAUGCAGCCACGGUGGCGCAUUCGACCGGACAAGCAGGCAGGACCCAGUUGGGGGCAUCAGUAAAGACGACGUUGGGUCCAGUCAUGGUUCACUUCACCACAAAGCAGCUGAUCUGGCUGUGAAUGCCACAAUUGAGCUACUGGAAGACGUCAGAGUAGCUGUCGGAGACAAGAACUUCCUACGAUUGAUGGGCCUCUCCCAAUCCACUGUGCUGUGUUUUGUCAUCGACACCACUGGCAGUAUGAGUGAUGACAUAGCCGAGGCUAAGCGAGUUUCCUUUGAAAUCAUUGACAGUAAGAGGGGAACCCAGCAGGAGCCCUCUGCCUACAUAUUGGUACCUUUCAAUGACCCAGGUUUUGGUCCUCUGAUUUUGACAACCAAUGCAGACGUCUUCAAAGACAACAUCAACAAGCUGUCUGCAAGUGGAGGAGGAGACAUCCCAGAGUUGUGCUUGUCUGGACUGCAGCUUGCCCUGACUGCUGCUCCACCCUCCUCUGAGAUCUUCGUCUUCACGGAUGCUCCAGCUAAAGAUGCUCAUCUGAAAAGCACCAUCACUGCUCUCAUAGAAAGCAGUAAGUCAGUGGUAAAUUUCAUGUUGACAGAUGUCCUAGCCAGUCGACGGCGCCGCAGGUCAGGUCAGUCAUCAGCUGGGUCAUCACGUGCCAUGAGCCAGGCAGAUGCCCAGCUGUACCGUGACCUAGCCCAAGCCUCUGGAGGACAGGCCAUUGAGGUCACCAAGUCAGACCUCUCUAUUGCUACAAGUGUAAUAGAGGAUUCAACAGCCAGUGCUGUGGUGACAGUGUUUCAGAGAGUGAAGAAUCCUGGAAAGCCUGAUAAUUUUACAUUCACUGUGGAUGGAUCACUAAGGAACAUGACUCUCUACGUCACAGGAACACCAUCUCUCACCUUCAGUCUGACCAGCCCCACAGGUAUAUCUCAGAGUUCCAGUCAGUCAAGUGGUCCUCUGGCAUCCUCCACCACAGCAGGAAACCUACGUCGUUCAAGCCUCAACGCUGAAAAUCAAACAGGAUCAUGGGAAAUCAGUGUUAACUCAAAUGACCCCUACUCAGUCAAGGUCACAGGUCAAAGUUCAGUGAACUUCAUUUUUAACCUUGUGGAAGCUCACGAAGGAGCCCAUGGGGACUUCAGUCUGAAGGAGGGACGUCCUCUUUCAGGUGGUAAUGCCAGCCUCUUGGUCUCUGUGACAGGAAGUGACACAGUGAAGGUCACAGAGGUCACUCUGUAUGACAGCUCAGGGCCAACAGAGGUCAACGGGUCACUGCAGUCGGUAGGUAGUGGUUCCUUCCUGGUGACCUUCAUUGGAGUCCCUGCAGGGGAAUUUGUGGUUCGCCUGAAAGGAGAGGACAGCGGCUCCACCUCCAGGAAAACAUCAACCGGCUUCCAGAGACAGGCCUCCACACAGAUGAAGACCUCCAGCAUCUCUGUCACUACCCAAGCCAACACCACCAGCAUAGAGCCAGGCUCCUCCAUCUCCAUCCCUUUCACAGUCGCCACAACCACCAACGGAGUUGUUAACGACUCUGCAACCGGGACGUUCACAGUAUCAGCCAACAAUGACCGCAGCUAUGAUUUGACCUCACCCAGCACCAUCUCCGUAGAAGCUGGCAGUGAAGGCAAAGCCAAUGGUACCGUGACCUUGACAGUACCAGACAGUGCUGCUUCAGGAACAGAUGUGACUCUUACUAUUGCCGCAGAAAACGCUGCUGCCACUGACAGCAACUAUGUUCUCCUCAGACUGUCUAUAGCGGCCAAGGUGGUAGACAUCACCCGUCCAACAUGCCAGGGUGCCAGUUCAUCCACCAGCUGUCCGUCCUCUUCUUCGCUCUGUUCUUCCUCCCAGUGGCAGUUCAUCGCUAAUCUCACUGACGGCACGAAUGGAACUGGCAUCGAGAGCGUCACCAUCCGCAAAGGCAAUGGUACACUCAAUACAAGCACAGUGAUUGGGGCAGGGGGUGAGAACAUUACAGUGGCUUCCUACAGCGCCUCCUGCUGUUCACAGGAUGUCGAGCUGACUGCUGUGGACAAAGUAGGAAAUGUGGGGACAUGUACAGGACAAGCUAGAGCUCUUACCACAGCUGCCCCUGUGACUACAGCUGCAGUUACCACAACCAACUCCACCACCUCUGGAGGGCACACUUUGAGCAUGUCACACUGUCUCUGGAUCGGUGUUGCAGUUUCUCUCCUUUGGAAGUAAAAGGGAUAAAUGGAAAUUACUCUGUGAAUGUGGGAUUUUAGUACAUAAAUCAAGGGUUCCUCGGAAAGUCUUUGAUAGCUUUCAUUUUUUCAUCAGGUGUAUUUGAAUUCAAUUUUCACUGCACAAAAAAAGACUAAACACAGUAAAGCUAUCAGUAAUAACUAGAUGCCAUAUUAAACUUCACAAAAAUAUUUUUUUUUUUAAAUGGGGAGUAUAUGUAGAGCCUUAAUAUAUAGUCUGAUUUCUUAUCAUGUAUAUCUUGGUGGGACAUUUGAGAAACAUGUUUGUACUAAGGGGAUAUUCAAUGUAAAGAGAAGGAAGCAAUGUUAACUAACGUCUAAUAUUCAGAAUUAUUUAAACUUCUUGGUUUACAAUGGUAUGUAGAUUUCUUCAUCUAUAAUUUACUUUGAUGGCAAUAUUUUAACUCAUAGCAGCCUGUCAGCAUUCAGAUUGCAGUGCAGUGUUAGACCUGGUCUGUCAGUAACCUCUGUGUGCUUGACAACUGCGUAUCUGUUUCCAGCAACCCAUUGUGGAAUUUAGACUGAUCACAUUACCCCAACAAAAAUCUGAAAAUUGUUGUCCCUUACCCUUUUGCCUUCAAAUUUACUUUCUUUAAUUCAUACACGUGUUAUGAUAUGUAGUGAUGGGCGGACUGGUUAUUUCAACAAAAUCAAUUCAUUUGAGUUAAACAUGUAAUUUUUCAUUUUUCAAUUUCUCCAUGAUAUGUUACUACAACUACUCCUGGUACUACAAAUACUUCUUGAAUUACAACUCCCCCAGUAAUUACAGCUGCAGCUGACACAACAUCCACUGGAGGGCGCACUUUGAACCUAUCACACUGUAUCUGGAUCAGUGGUAAAGUUUCUCUCCUUUGGAUAUUGAAGAAACAAAUGGUAAUAUUUUUUUCCUUGUAUGGAAUUACCCUAAGUAAUCUCUGAGUUGUCUUAGUAGUCUUUGUUUAUAAGUAAAUUAUCUUUGUACUUCUUCCACUA